AUGAACGGGGCUCAAUUCACAGACAAAGCCAACAAGGCUUUGCUGGAUUCCAGCUCUCUUGCCGAACAAUAUUCUCAUUCUCAGAUCCUCCCAAUUCACCUCGCAGUCUCCCUUCUCAAUCCUUCCCCAGAUGAAUCCAAAGACCAACAGACUGCCUUCCACCCCUCCCACGAUGCCGCUUCUGCCCCGCUCUUCCGCCAGGUCGUCGAACGCGCCCACGGCGACGCUCAACUCCUCGACCGCUCUCUCAUGAAACUACUAGUCCGUCUGCCCAGUCAGGAUCCUCCACCGGAAACUGUUAGCGUUUCUCCUGCGCUGGCAAAGGUCAUCCGUGCCUCUACCGAGUUGUCCAAAACCCAAAAAGAUAGCUAUGUCGCUAUUGACCACCUGAUCCUGGCGAUGGCACAGGACUCUCAAGUCCAACGCGCAUUGGCUGAUGCCAACAUCCCUAAUGCCAAAUUGAUCGAUAGUGCCGUCCAGCAGAUCCGCGGGACAAGGCGCGUGGAUUCCAAGACGGCAGAUGCGGACAGCGAGAGCGAGAACCUUCAAAAAUUCACCAUCGAUAUGACUUCUUUGGCAAGAGAAGGAAAGAUUGACCCUGUUAUUGGUCGACAGGAGGAAAUCCGUCGGGUCAUCCGAAUUCUUAGUCGACGUACCAAGAACAACCCGGUUCUCAUCGGUGAGCCCGGUGUUGGUAAGACCACCAUCGUCGAAGGUCUUGCCCGUCGAAUUGUCGACGCCGAUAUUCCCGCCAACCUGGCGCAGUGCAAGCUGCUCUCGCUCGAUGUCGGCUCUCUGGUUGCAGGAAGCAAGUACCGUGGAGAGUUCGAAGAGCGCAUGAAGGGCGUGCUCAAGGAGAUUGAAGACUCCAAAGAAACCAUCGUCCUGUUCGUCGAUGAGAUUCACCUACUCAUGGGCGCUGGUUCCAGUGGCGAGGGCGGCAUGGAUGCUGCUAACCUCCUGAAACCCAUGUUGGCUCGAGGCCAGCUGCACUGUAUUGGUGCUACCACGCUGGGUGAAUACCGAAAAUAUAUUGAAAAAGACCAGGCUUUCGAAAGAAGAUUCCAGCAAGUCUUGGUCAAGGAGCCGACUCUCUCCGAGACCAUUUCCAUUCUUCGUGGUCUGAAGGAAAAGUACGAGGUGCAUCACGGUGUCAACAUCCUUGACGGUGCCAUUGUUUCUGCUGCCACACUCGCCUCACGGUAUCUUACCGCUCGUCGCCUACCCGAUUCGGCGGUUGAUCUGAUCGAUGAAGCCGCAGCGGCUGUGAGAGUCGAACGCGAGUCUGAACCAGAGGCCCUGGACACAUUGGAGCGGAAGCUCCGUCAGCUCCAGAUUGAAAUCCACGCUCUGGAGCGUGAAAAGGAUGAUGCAUCCAAGACCCGCCUGGAAGCUGCCAAGCAGGAAGCUGCCAAUAUUACGGAAGAACUUCGGCCUAUCCGCGAGCAGUACGAAAGUGAGAAGCAGCGCAGCAAAUCCAUCCAGGACGCCAAGAUCAAGCUCGACUCCCUCAGUGUCAAGAGAGACGAAGCGGAACGGUCUGGGGACACCCAGACUGCUGCAGACCUAGGGUACUACGCCAUCCCGGAGACUAAGAACUUGAUUGCAAGACUCGAGGCAGAUCGGGCCAGGACUGAUGCCGAGCGACGUGCUCGCCAGGGUAACGAAGCAGGGGAGGCCCUUCUCGCCGAUGCGGUCGGUCCCGAUCAGAUUAAUGAGAUUGUCGCCCGAUGGACCGGCAUUCCAGUUACCAGACUCAAGACCACCGAGAAGGAGAAAUUGCUGGACAUGGAAAAGUCUCUGAGCAAGCUAGUCGUUGGCCAGAAGGAGGCGGUGACGUCUGUGUCAAAUGCAAUCCGGCUGCAGCGUUCCGGGCUCAGCAACCCCAACUCGCCUCCAAGCUUUCUCUUCUGUGGACCAUCUGGUACUGGUAAGACUCUUCUGACCAAAGCACUUGCCGAGUUCCUCUUCGACGACCCCAAGGCUAUGAUCCGAUUCGACAUGUCAGAAUACCAGGAACGGCACUCUCUGAGCCGAAUGAUCGGUGCUCCUCCAGGAUAUGUGGGACACGAUGCAGGUGGUCAGCUGACGGAGAACCUCCGACGACGUCCAUUCUCGAUUCUCCUGUUUGAUGAAGUUGAAAAGGCUGCCAAGGAGGUUCUCACCGUCCUCCUUCAAUUGAUGGACGAUGGUCGUAUCACCGAUGGCCAAGGUCGAAUCGUGGACGCCAGAAAUUGCAUCGUGGUGAUGACAUCAAACUUGGGUGCUGAGUAUUUGGCUCGUCCGUCCACCAAGGACGGUCGUAUUGAACCGCAGACGCGCGAGUUGGUCUUGGAGGCACUCCGCAACUACUUCUUGCCCGAGUUCCUGAACCGAAUCUCAAGUGUCGUCAUUUUCAACCGUCUGACGAGGAAGGAAAUCCGCAAGAUUGUGGAUCUCCGUCUCAACGAAAUCCAAAAACGCUUGGAGAACAAUGGUCGCAAUAUCCAAAUUGAGUGCUCGGAUGAAGUCAAAGAUUAUCUCGGCCAAUCUGGUUACUCGCCCGCCUACGGUGCUCGGCCUCUGGCCCGCAUUAUCGAGAAGGAGGUGCUCAACAAACUUGCAGUGCUGAUUCUGCGCGGAAGCAUUCUCGAUGGUGAGAUUGCUCGAGUGGAAAUGAAAGAUGGUCGCAUUAGUGUGCUACCGAACCAUGACAUCCCUGCAGACGAUGAUGAAAUAAUGGAUGAUGAAGAUGCAGCUUUGGAGUUGGAGGACGAAGACGGUGAUAUGGAUCUGUAUGAGUAA